UAGUGGCACCUACGAGUUGCAUUGUCUUAUACAAAUGUGGUAAAUUUUAAUACAUGAACGUCAAUAGCAAUACCUUUGAGUUUUUAAGAUAAGCGUUAAAAGCAUAGUCUCUGUAAUAGGUUGUUCAGCAACUCGCUAACUGUGCCGAAUAGUUUGGUUUUGUAUAUCAAAAGGGUGUGUUUUUUUUCUCGGCAGUUAGCAUAGCUAGUAACAGCGGGGCAAACAAGGUAGUUAGCUAGUGUUAGCCUACGAGCUGUUUCCUAGCUACCAAACCAACUGUCAGCGUUUGCCAAAUUGGAAAGGAGGGAGGCGUUGAUGAACAGCAAUGUCUGGCAUUGCUCUUAGCAGACUAUCCCAGGAGCGGAAAGCUUGGAGAAAAGACCACCCAUUUGGUUUUGUUGCCGUGCCCACUAAAAAUCCCGAUGGAACCAUGAAUCUGAUGAACUGGGAGUGCGCCAUUCCAGGAAAGAAAGGAACCCUGUGGGAGGGAGGCCUGUACAAACUCAGAAUGCUGUUUAAAGAUGAUUACCCCUCCUCACCACCCAAAUGCAAGUUUGAGCCUCCUAUAUUCCAUCCAAAUGUGUACCCAUCAGGCACUGUGUGUCUGUCCAUCCUGGAGGAAGACAAAGAUUGGAGGCCUGCCAUCACCAUUAAACAGAUCCUGUUGGGUAUCCAGGAGCUACUGAAUGAGCCCAACAUUCAGGACCCAGCACAAGCAGAGGCUUACACAAUUUACUGUCAGAACAGGAUGGACUAUGAGAAGAGGGUGCGGGCACAGGCCAAGAAGUUUGCGCCCACAUAGAGUGCAGAACUGCCCUCCAUCCCACCAGAGCAGCCUGAGCCCCUAUUGGUAAUGAACAGAAGGGAGGCAACCCCUGAAGGACCACUCUGAUAAGAAUCAAAUUAAUUGUGUAAUUUUACCAUUAUGCAGGAUAUAUGUGAGCCCGUUACAUGAACAAUAAAUUUUUAAUGAGGGCAUGCCCAAUUUUUGCAUUGCUGAGUCAUAGUCUCUUCUCCUAGGCUCCGCUAUCAACAUGCAUCAUGCUAUUGAUAAUGCUUGUAUAAUCGAUAUCUCAAGAUUUCCUUAUUUAUAUGAUGGAACAAGAGAUGUAAAUCAUUCUGGUUCAGGUCCAAGUAGCCUUAAAAGUAAUUUGCAUUUUCUGCACCUUGGAGUUUUGGCAGGUUCAAAUGCAAUGUGCUUAUGAGUAAGGCCACUUUUUGUCUGUUUCCUUGAAGUUCAUUUCAUCAGUCUCAUGACUCCUCGCUAUAUAGGGUGGAUAGGCAGGACUAGAGUCAUUUUUGCCCAGUUAAGUGAGAGAUUUUUUUUUUAUUAUGAAAAAUCUUGUUUAUUUUUCAUGUAUAGGCAGAAAUUAAACCUGCCUCAAAAAGGUAAAUGGAAAUAGAUGGAAAAAAAAGUUUUUUUUUUUUUAGUUGUGCCAUAAAAAGGGGAAUUUGCAAAUUGGUUGAUAACUGAAGGAAUGAAUUGGCACAUUUUUAACUUCAUUCUGAAGUAGUUCCUUCCUCAUCUCGUAAGCAUCUGGCUCAGGUGGCCUCAAACUACAUUAACUAAAGAAUACUUUAUAGACAAAACACGACCUUGGUGCCAAGAUGUUGAUUGUAAAAAAAUCAAACAUGACUGGUUUUGUGAGUUGUGGUCAGUUCCAUAGCUCUGUCCACUACAGAUCACCUCAGAAGUCGAACAUAGGGGGAAGCGCUCUUAAAUCUGAAACCAAAAUGGCAGUGCAAGCCGUAGACCGGUAGGGUUACGGCUUUGUCUCCCAACCUGUACUUGGACUACUCUCGGUUUACAAUGAAAAUAAAAAUACUUUCAGUGCUAAGAUUCAUUUUGUAAAUCCAACUUUAUGAACCUUUUUUAGGAAUUGGUGAAAGUGUCAUUUGCAACCCAUGUCAGGAUACAGUCCCAAAAUGCUACAGUAUGAGGUGAAAAUCGUGCUAGAAACACAAAGAUCACCUUGCUUCCCUUUUUCCACUCUUCAUUGUCAUAUGUCGAAAGCUGUAAAGACAUGAUGUACAGUAGCACACCACCGCCUUCAUUCAGUUGUUCAUUUAACAAUAGUUAUUUUAAUCUAAAGUCAUCUCUACAGAUUUGAAACCUCUUGGAAAUCCACUUAGCAGUGAACUAAAAGAAGCCAGGAGGUCCUCAUCGGAAUGGCCUCUCUACCAGCAAGAGGACAGUUUAUAGUGAACAGGAGAACGACAGAAGGCUGUGACGGUUUUUCUUUUGCCUCAGAAAAUGUGAGUGCAUGUACAUAAUAUAAAUACUGAAAACUGUGGAAGUUAUGUUUUAUAUUGUUUUAGCCAGUUGACAUUUGUGUGGUAUUAAAAGCGAUGAACGCAAUAAAUGUAAUUGUGAAAUAAAGUUGAAAGGUCUAAAUAAAAAAAAUUUA